UAUAUGGGAUGGAGAUGAAAUUAGGAGCAGUUAGCAUAAAUGUAGUAUUGACACCAUGGGUAUGGACAAGAUUAAGGGAGGAUGUGAAGGUUUGAGAAAAUAAAGCUUGUGAUAGAACACUUGGGAUAUGAUUAAGGGAUGGAUGGAGAAAGAUAUAACUUCAGUGAAGGCUGAGGAGUGACCAGAAGGAUGUGGAGGAAAACUAGAGAGUUCUGGCUCAUAGAAGAUAAGGAUGCAUUUCAAGGUUAGAUUUUCCUAGAACAUGUUCAAUACCUUACAAUUGUAAUACUUACACACUCGUAUUUCUCAUGCUGCAUUAUAAGCUUUAGGAUCAUAGUGCCUCUAUUGGCCUUAUUGAACUAAGGGGGCUGCAAUGGGCUUGGAAAGCCUUGAGUGUAUCAUUAAAGAGAUAAGUAGGAGAUAGCAGAGACAGGAUUUGAUGAAAGAUUGUAUGUAGGGAUUGAGGAAGGAGGAAGGGUCUGGCAUGACAUUUGGGUGACAUUUUAUCCAAGUAUUCAGCACAGUGUCUGGUACUUAGUAGGUACUCAUAUUUCAAUGAAAGGGCUGAUCUUUAGGAGUUUCACCAGACUGUGGAAGGUGCCUCUGGGAAUGAGUACGUUUCCAUCUGCACUUCAUUCUCAAGUUUUGUGGCCAACGAUGGAUAGGAGGUGGAUUGUGAUGUAUUCGGAACAUGGGACCUUGAGGAGUUCCGUAACCAAAAGGAGAAAGUAACAACAGCCAGUGGAGACAAAAAGAACUGCUUCUCUUUCUUUCCCCCUCCAAGUUCUUAGUGGAGGGCUGAGUCCAGCAUCCCAGACUCGUGUGACUAUAUAGGCAAGCAUCUGGGGACCUACUUCACUUUGAUACCCUAGCCUUCAGCAGCUCAAGGUGUUGGCCUUUGGAUAGGAGGCUUCCAAGUAGUAAAGCUCCCUGCUCUCAGCAAGCCCAACACCAUGGGGAAGGGAGAUGUCUUAGAGGCAGCACCAACCACCAAAGCCUACCAUUCCCUCAUGGAUGAAUAUGGUUAUGAGGUGGGCAAGGCCAUUGGCCAUGGCUCCUAUGGGUCGGUAUAUGAGGCUUUCUACACAAAGCAGAAGGUUAUGGUGGCAGUCAAGAUCAUCUCAAAGAAGAAGGCCUCUGAUGACUAUCUUAACAAGUUCCUGCCCCGUGAAAUACAGGUAAUGAAAGUCUUGCGGCACAAGUACCUCAUCAACUUCUAUCGGGCCAUUGAGAGCACAUCUCGAGUAUACAUCAUUCUGGAGCUGGCUCAGGGUGGUGAUGUCCUUGAAUGGAUCCAGCGCUAUGGGGCCUGCUCUGAGCCCCUUGCUGGCAAGUGGUUCUCCCAGCUGACCCUGGGCAUUGCCUACCUGCACAGCAAGAGCAUCGUGCACCGGGACUUAAAGUUGGAGAACCUGUUGCUGGACAAGUGGGAGAAUGUGAAGAUAUCAGACUUUGGCUUCGCCAAGAUGGUGCCUUCUAACCAGCCUGUGGAUUGUAGCCCUUCUUACCGCCAAGUGAACUGCUUUUCCCACCUCAGCCAGACUUACUGUGGCAGCUUUGCUUACGCUUGCCCAGAGAUCUUACGAGGCUUGCCCUACAACCCUUUCCUGUCUGACACCUGGAGCAUGGGCGUCAUCCUUUACACUCUAGUGGUCGCCCAUCUGCCCUUUGAUGACACCAAUCUCAAAAAGCUGCUAAGAGAGACUCAGAAGGAGGUCACUUUCCCAGCUAACCAUACCAUCUCCCAGGAGUGCAAGGUCCAACUGCUCAUUGCCUGUGUGGCACAAUGGAGAAAAACUCAGGCAAGACCUCUCUCUCCCCUGCUCUAGAACCUGAUCCUCCAGAUGCUACGCCAAGCCACUAAGCGUGCCACCAUUCUGGACAUCAUCAAGGAUUCCUGGGUGCUCAAGUUCCAGCCUGAGCAACCCACCCAUGAGAUCAGGCUGCUUGAGGCCAUGUGCCAGCUCCACAACACCACUAAACAGCACCAAUCCUUGGAAAUUACGACCUGAAAAUGGCUGAGGGAGGGGGCUAAGAGAGGAGCAAAGCAGGAGGUCUUGGGCUAAAAAUCUUUUUUACCAAAAAUAAAUCUAAGUCUGAUUUAGUUUCAUCAA